AUGAAGGAAUUCCGCCCCGUUGAGAACCAAGAGUCCAAGCGACCUGCUUCCGCUUCCUCCUCCUCGUCUGCACCCCUUCUAUCCAACGAACAGAAAGGCUCGUACGAUACCCUAGAAAGCAGCACUUCCGAUUCAGGGGUCCAACAGUCAGUAUUCGAUGAUCCAGUACUAGCGCAUUUCUAUCAACCUCACUAUCUCUACGAGGGCCUUCACCGGUUCGAUCCAAGGGCAGAUUGGACAAAAGCGGAAGAGGAGAAAGUAGUAUCCAAGAUCGAUAAAUGGAUUAUGAGCUGGUGUUGUGUUAUGUUUAUUGCGUUGCAGUUGGAUAGAGGAAAUAUAAAACAGGCGAUGACAGAUAAUUUUUUGGAGGACCUGGGAAUGAAUACAAAUGAUUACAACAUUGGUCAGGCGAUAUUCUAUUCUUCGUUUCUGCUUGCAGAGCUUCCAUCACAGAUGCUCAGCAAAAGAAUCGGCCCGCACAGAUGGAUUCCCGUACAGAUGAUAUUAUGGAGCGUGGUUGCUGCAGCGCAGUGCGGAUUGACCGGCAGGACUUCCUUUUUCAUUACUAGAGGACUUGUGGGAAUGAUCGAGGGAGGAUUUAUCCCUACCGCAAUUUUGUACCUGUCUUACUUUUACACAUCAAAGGAACUUCCUGUCCGACUUUCUUGGUUUUGGACUGGAACCGCUCUUACAGGGAUUUUUGCCUCAUUUCUUGCCUGUGGAAUUCUUUCUUUGCGGGGAUCAUAUGGUUGGGAAGGCUGGAGAUACCUAUUUGUAAUAGAAGGAAGUGCCACAGGAAUUGUUGGGAUAAUCAGCUGGUUCUAUAUGCCACCUUCUCCCACACAAACAAAAAGCCGUUUUCGGGGCGAGGAUGGAUGGUUCACCCCGAGGGAGGAAGUGAUUAUGGUCAAUAGAAUCCUGCGAGAUGAUCCGACAAAGGGCGACAUGCAUAACCGACAAGCUAUUGGAGCAAGCGGGUUUUUCAAAAGUCUGAUGGAUUAUGACAUGUGGCCGCUCUAUGUGGUGGGAGUUAUGGCAUAUAUACCAAUGAAUCCGCCAAUGAGUUAUUUGACUCUGACAUUGAGGGACUUGGGGUUCGACGUGAUGCAGAGCAAUCUUUUGACUAUUCCAUCCACAAUGCUAUUAAUCUUCAUGCUUCUGAAAAUUACAAAGCUCUCUGGCCGCUAUUCUGAAAAGACGUUCAUUGCUUCCUUUGGAGUUCUUUGGACCCUCCCGUUCCUCGUUCUUCUCCGGUUUCUCCCAUCACACGCAAACCCUUGGUUUAAGUAUCUGAUCACCACGUUGAUUUGUGGCCAUCCCUACCCGCAUGCAAUCCUUGUGGCCUGGGUCUCUUCAAACUCUGGCUCGGUCCGUACCCGUAGCGUCUCCGCUGCAAUUUACAACAUGGCCGUUCAGUCCUCAUCGAUAUUUGCAGCGACAAUAUAUCGCGAAGAUGACCGCCCUGACUAUCGUCGCGGAAACACGGCACUGAUAUGCAUCGCAUUAUUCGACAUACUCUUAUUUGUGGGAGUUAAGAAGUAUUAUGUGUGGAGGAAUGCGCAGAAGGAGAAGGUAUGGGGGAAGAUGGACACCACGCAGAAAGCGAACUACCUAGCGACGACAGAAGACGAGGGGAAUAAGAGGUUAGACUUUAGAUUUAUGCAUUAA